GAUAUUAUUUGUGAAUGUUGUUUGCUAAACAAUUUGGAGACUAGCUAUAACCUUCACCUUGUGGACUUCAUAACAAACAGUGAAAUGAGACUGAAUCGGGGAAACAACUGAGCCAGGCCCAGGGAAAUGUGACUUAAAUAGUAUUAGCAUUCUGAUGCUGUUACUAGUAAGUGGACAUGAAGAUGUUGGCAGCAGUGCUCCAAAGGCAGUUGUUUUCCCUCUCAGAACGAAUGCCAUGUCUUCACAGAGUGACUGUCAGUUUACACACCACCUCUAGUUUGUAUGGGUAUGACAUCAGUAAAAAUCUAACUGAAUGUUUCUCCCUGCUCAAUGUUCCCCCUUCCUGCACUGAGGAUGAACUGAAGGUGGCGUACCUGGAUGCUGCCAAGAAGUACCACCCAGAUAGUAACUCCAGAUAUGCAGAUGCCAACAAGUUUAAUCAAGUGGAAUCUGCCUACAGAGCAGUGCUGAAAAAGGUUCAAGAAAAUGCUCGCAGGGCAGAAGCCCUCAAACAGGGGGUGAAACCAGAGGAGGAAGAGGAAGAUAAAUUUGGGAUCAAGCACACGGCACCACAGCACAGGCAGUAUUUGGAGUAUGAGGGUGUUGGUCGAGGGACCCCCAGUCAGCGCAUGCGGCAGUAUCAGCAAUACAAGGUCCACAGGGCGGCUGAGAACGUUACACAACACAGGAUUGAGAGAAUGGCCGCACAGACUGAAAAUGCACUGGUUUUGAAGGACAAGCGCAAAGCCAGGAUUCACAAGAUGACCAAUGCCCUGGACCGCCUUGUGGAGGACAUGAUCCUGGACUCCAUGAACAAGGGAGAGUUUGACAACCUCCCUGGUAAAGGCAAGCCUCUGGAGAACAACUACAAAGAUAACCCGUAUGUGGACACCACCACACACAAUGUAAACAAGAUAAUGAUACAGAACGGCUUUGUGCCUGAUUGGGUCAUGGUGGAGAAAGACAUAAGAAUUGGUUACAAAGAUGCCAAAACCAAGCUGGAGGCUAACCGCCGUAAACUUGGAGCAUCCCCUAUCCCUAAGAGUGCUGAACUCUGGUGGGAUAGAUAUAAGGCGGAGUUCAGGGAAGGUGUUACCUUGGUAAAUAAAAUGAUUGACAAGUAUAAUUUAACAGUGCCACAUUUUACUAUGCAAAUGGCUCAUUUUAACAUAGAAAGGACUAUUGACAGAAUUGAUAGAGAUAUCGGGGAAGAGUUCAGGAAGAUACAAGAAGAAGAAGAAAGAGAGAGGCAGGAAAAGAUAAAAGAAAAGCUAACUGAAUUUGCCUCUAAAUAUGCUCCAGGGGAAGAAAUUGAACAUGUUGAAAUUGAAACUGAAAAUGUCAGUGAUACAAAAACUGCUACAAACGAUGAAGAAGUGACAGUAAAUGGUGACAGUGCUAAUGUCAAAAGCCAAGGCAGUGUGAAAUUAUUGAAACCAAAAAGAAAAAGACUGAAGGAUAUGAUUGCUAAUGCCCGAUUUGGAUUCUAGUCUAGUCAUUAUGGAUGAAAGCUAAAUAAUAACAUCAAAUUAGAUAAGGGAAUUGAAACGGUUGUCAAAAAUUAUUUUUGUGCAUUGAUCUGUAAAAUAAAAUGCAUGGGGGAUACAAUAUUACUACAGAUAUUACAUCUUCAUAAAGUAUUUGCCUGCUAUUUGGCAUUAUUUUUUAUUUUUAUUUUUAAUGGAAUGCAAGAAUUUAUAUAUGUAAAGUCAUGUGGAUACUUUAUCAAUAUGGGUAUAGCUCAUUCCAAAAUUUUGAUAACUGAGCAGAAAAAGAAACGUUGCAUUACUUUAUGUCGAAGUAUUAGUCGAAGUGUAUAAUUUUAAAUAUCCUCACAUAGUUCAACACUGUUUGGGGCUGCUAAAAUUUUUUAUCAAAAAAUUAAAACAUAUGUUACUUUU